AUGUCGUUCCUCCCUAAGUUUGCAGGAUUCCAGAACCACGCAGAAGGAAAGUACCUUCAAUUCCUUCCUGAUGGUUUUCUUAGGGGCGUACUACAAUACUCUUCUGAUCAAGCUUUGACACCGUUUACAAAGUUCGAGAUUGUGCCCGACAAGGAUGGUAAAUAUUGGCACAUAAAAUGUUGCUACAAUGACAAGUACUUGGCCUCUUCCGACGACCACAAUCGCUUUGUUACUCCCUUCGUUAGCAAGCCGAGUGAAAACGAAUCCUCAAGGCCAUGCACAAUGUUUAAUAUAAUGUCUGGUCCUACUACAGGGACUUACUAUUUGUUCGAUGUCUCGCUACAAACCUAUGCACGUCGAUGUACCAGUAGCAGAAUUCAUCCCAAUGUUCUCACAACUAGAUAUAGACGUGAUGAAAACCGACACGACGACAAAUUAGUUUUGUUAGUCGACUUUGAAAACAUCAUCCGACUCCCCAAAUACCUCUCCUUUAAGAACAAUGACAAGUUUCUCGCUGCCCAUACGUAUUAUAAUUCCCCAUAUUUGCAGUUCAAUGCAACCGACAUUGGAAACCCUCUGGUGAGUCACGAAAUUUUUAACGUCGGCGAUGGAACUGUUAGAAUCAAGAAUGAAUCUACCAAGAAGUUUUGGAGACGUGACCCAAACUGGAUCCUGGCUGACUCAAACGACCAGACAGCGCACGACAAGAACACCUUGUUCUGGCCGGUCAAGAUUGCUAAAGAUAAAGUCGCGCUUCGAAACGUUGCUAAUGGCAGGUUCGUUACAAGAUACACUGGUGAUGGUAAGGUGGAUUUUCUGAACGCUAGUAGUGAAACUAUCACUAAGCAGGCAGAAUUGGAGAUCUGUGAGCCAAUUGUUUCAAGGGAACUCUGCGACUUUAAGUACCGGACUAUGGAUGCAAAGAUAUACGACGAACAAGUACUAACAAUGGCAACAGAGGAGGCUGUCAACACAAGCUCGAAAGAGACGGUUAUGACUGUAAGUUUAAAGUACAUGGAAGAAAAAACUAGAGCUUGGGAAUCUUCGUUGACCAUAGGUGUGGGUAUAGAGGCUUCCAUCAAAGCCGGGAUUCCUGAAAUUUUAGAAGGUGAGAUUAAAACCACUUAUAGUUUUGAAGGGAAUUACACAUGGGGAGAAACUAUUCAAGAAACUAGAGAAGUAACGGCAACAUAUUCUGUUCCUGUACCACCAAACACAAGGAUGAAAGUUACUCUUCUUGCAACUAAGGCCAAAUGUGAUAUUCCGUUUUCAUAUACGCAACGAGAUCUUCUCCGAAACGGAAGAAGAGUUGAGACAAAGUAUGAUGAUGGUAUUUUUAAGGGAGUCUAUACCCUUAAGUUUGAUUAUCAAAACAAGCCUUACCCACUCCAUUCUAAAUAG